AUGGCCAGCAGAGGGGCGCCUUUGAUGAGGGGAAGCGGCUCGUCCGCUCCCUGGUCACGCGGAUCACGGAUCGCGGUCGCGAUUGGGAUCGGAGUUUUGGUGGGAUGUGUGUUCGCCUUCCUCUACCCCGAUGGCAUCUUCCCCAGCAAUCCCGCUCAUCUGCAGGGUCGCCGGAACAUUGAGUCAAACAAGGUCGGAUUCUCUCUCUCUCUCUCUCUCUCUCUCUCUCUCUCUCUCUACUAUUAAUACUGCGAAUACUACUACUGCUGGUACUACGCUCCUUAUGAAGAAGAGGAAAUGACAUUGCAUGUGGAAACUUCUGAUAAACUAUCUUUUAUAGUAUAAUUGUUGAUUGAAACUGUUCGAUUGAAGCGCAGAACAUCGGCCCGAACUUUCCAUUUCUUGGAAUUUUACAAGCCCAAUUAAUUGAAUUCGAGAAGGAGACGAGGAUCUGAUCUCUCUGUCAAAAUUGAUAAACGAGGAACCUACUUUUUCCACUAUCUUACAUCGAAAUCAGGAGAUUUGACUCCAUCUUUCCCCAGAGUUUGACCGUUAAUUCCCUCAUAUUGGUCACAGAAAAUCUGGUUCACAUUUAGAAAUCUCUGCUUUUCCUUCUUUGUCACUUCACAGAAAGGUGGUAUCACGGCUAAUUAGAAGUGUAGCGUCUAGAUCUGCCACCAAACAAGAAAAAGAAUAAAAGAGAAGGUAUACAUCCUCAUUCUCAUGGGUCGUCUCUUCCGUGCACCAAGGUCAGAGCCUGAGGAAUCCAUGAUAAUUCCUCUGCCAAACAAUGUACUCGUCAAAAAUAUUAGAAACAUGUGGGUUGAUCUUGCUCAUUGAUUAGCCUCUCUCAUCUAUCCCUUUGGAAGUUCCUUUUGAUACCUGGUAGGGGUCAACUGCAGGCUUCUAUAAUAAGUAGGGAAUAGGAAGGGAUCACACUUUCCAAAUUUUUCUGUAUAUAAAGAUCAGUUUCAUUCCUCUUUCGGUGCCAUUGAAUUGUAUGUCAUGACUACCCUUCACUUGCUUCCUCUUCUAUCUGUUCCCAGGUCAGUUCUUCUUGCGACUCCUCCGAGAAGAUCGACGUGCUAAAGUUUGAACUGGCCGUGGCCUUGGAGGAGAACGCAAAGCUGAAGACCCAAGUCAGAGAACUCUCCACGACACUUAAACAGGCCGAGCAAGGGAAAGAUCAGCUAGAAAAGCAGGUCAUGGUUCUUGGGGAUACCCACAAAGCUGGUCCCUUUGGUACCGUCAAGGCCCUGCGGACGAACCCACUGGUCGCUCCCGAUGAAUCUGUCAAUCCAAGGCUCGCAAAGCUGCUUGAAGAAGUGGCCGUGAAGAAGGAGCUGAUAGUCUGUCUGGCGAACACCAACGUAAAAGAUAUGUUGGGGGUGUGGUUCGAGAACAUCAAGAAGGUGGGCAUAAAAAAUUACCUGGUUGUGGCAUUGGAUGACAACAUCGAAGAAUUCUGCAAGACGAACAAUGUUCCUGUGUAUCGGAGAAAUCCUGACGAGGGCGUCGACUCGAUUGCGAAGACUGGCGGCAACCACGCCGUCUCUGGGCUGAAGUUUCGCAUCCUGAGAGAGUUCCUGCAGCUGGGUUACAGCAUCCUCCUCUCAGAUGUUGACAUAGUUUACCUGCAGAAUCCUUUUGAUCAUCUCUACAGAGACUCGGACGUGGAGUCCAUGAGCGAUGGGCACAGCAACAUGACGGCCUAUGGAUUCAACGACGUCUUUGAUGAGCCUUCCAUGGGAUGGGCCAGAUACGCCCACACGAUGAGGAUAUGGGUCUUCAAUUCUGGCUUUUUCUACAUCCGACCCACUAUUCCUUCAAUUGAGCUCCUUGAUCGGGUGGCUGACAGGCUUGCAAAAGAGCUUAAGUCCUGGGACCAGGCAGUUUUCAAUGAGGAGCUGUUCUUCCCCUCCCACCCGGGAUACGAUGGGCUCCACGCCUCCAAGAGGACUAUGGACAUAUAUCUCUUCAUGAACAGCAAAGUCCUGUUCAAGCGCGUGAGGAAGGACGAGGACCUCAGCAAGAUAAAGCCUGUUAUUGUUCACGUCAACUACCACCCAGACAAGCUCCCAAGAAUGAAGGCCCUUGUGGAGUACUACGUCAAUGGGAACAAAGAUGCUCUGAAGCCGUUCCCUGAUGGUUCUGACUGGUAG